UCCACCGCACCAUGAUGGCAACGAGGCCCCAGUCCUCUGGGGAGGGUGGUGCUGCUGCUGCAGCCGCUGUGGCACAGGAGGAGAAGAGCGUACCGGGGGUCAGCAAGGACGCGCUCAGAGAGGAGAGGAAGCCCCUGCUGGACUUGGACGACGUCGCGCAGCUCGAGAACGAGCUCGCCGCGUGCUUCGACGCGCCGCCGCCUCCUCCUCUCAACAUACGGCGAGAAGAGCCUGUCGCGACCGUUUCGACGUGGAUGCCGAUGGCGGAGCACCGUUACGUGGAGACGCACGUUGCGCCGCCGACAGCUUCGGACGUUGCCGCUGCGCGGGCGAGAGGGGAGCUGCCGCAGCUGCUGCAGGAGGGGCAAGAGCAGGAGGGGGGGCAGCUGCAGGAGCAACAAGCACAGGCGACGAGGGUCUCUGACUUCAGCAGCCUGUACUCCGCAGCUCCGCACCGCGAGGAGUCCACGGGUCAGCUGUACCCGGUCUUGGCCCCCUCCGCACCGUUCUCCGACACGAUGAGGAUACCGAUGCCGCCGCCGGCAGUACCAACAGCCGCACCAACAGCGGCACGGGCGCCUUCGGCCGCUUUUGGUGCUGCCGUGCGCGAUGACGGGGCGGCGGCGGCGGCGGCGGCGGUGGCGGCGGCGGCUGAGGCGGCGGAGGCGGAGGCGUCGUCUUUGACUACUAUUACGGCGACGGCGGCGAGAGAGAGGAGCCAGGACGUGUCGUCUUCGGGCGAGGUUGUCGAAGAGCUCCUGUCGGAGAACGAGCGCUUGCGCGCUAUCAUUCAGGAAAUGUCCGAUGAGCUGGAACGAGGAUCGGUGCCGGCAAUCGGCGGCUCCACGGCGGCGGCAGGGGCGACGCAAGGGCGGCAAUCCUCGGCCGCACGUGCGGCCGCGCGUGCGGCCACGUCCGCUACACCCACCGAGCGAUUACUUGGCCGAUAUCCCGGGGCUCAGGCGGAAGCAGCAAGGCGGCGGCGAGAACAAGCUAGCCAGCAGCAACAAGGACACCGGCAGGACGGCGGGGCGCGGCCGCAGACGCAGGUGCAGCCGCAGGUGCAGGCCGCCGUCGGGGCGGGAACGUUCGUGCACUUCAAGUGCGAAAACUGCCCCCAGUGGCUCAAGGUCCCCGUGCACGCGCAGCUGGUGUACUGUCCCACGUGCGGGCACACGUCCCAGAUGACGUCAGCGUCCACGAUUCACCACCCGCCGAACAACGGUAACGACACCACGGCCGCCGGCUCUAGCAGCAGCACCGGAGCGGCGGGGCGAGGGGGGGAGGAGGAGGUUGGAUGGCUGGGGUACUUCAAGAGCAUCAUCGCUUCGUGA